UUUUGUCAUCAUUCUCCGGUAAGUAAAACUAUAAAUUUGGCAUGCAAUACAAGGAAAGAAAAUAAAUAAAAGAGGCGUUUACUAUGACUUUGACAGACUUAAGGUCGUCACAAACCAUCCUCUACUUCACGUUAAUCUACAGUAGUGGAGAAUAGAAGUUAUAAAUGGGAGCUCCAUGAUUUGAAACCCAAAUCAGGGAAGUCUAGCCAUGCCUCUUUACGCCGCUUUCAUACUCCUUUUCCUUUUCUCCCUCCUCACUAGCUUCAAAGCUUCUGCUCAGAAGCCUACUUUCACAUACGAUCAUUGUCCAAAUACGACAACUUACUCAAGGAACAGCACUUACUUCACCAAUCUCAAAACCCUUUUAUCGUCUCUCUCCUCCCCCAAUGCCUCUUACUCCACCGGAUUCCAAAACGCCAAGGUGGGACAAGCCCCCGACAGGGUCACUGGACUUUUCCUUUGCCGCGGAGACCUCUCGCCCGAAGUUUGCCGUAACUGCAUCGCCUUCUCCGUUAACGAAACGUUAACUCGGUGUCCAAAUCAGAGAGAAGCUGUGUUCUAUUACGAGGAGUGCAUGCUCAGAUACUCUCACAAGAAUAUUCUAUCGACCCUUAUAUACCAUGGAGGAUUCAUCAUGACGAACCCCAAUAAUAUUUCAUCUCAACUAGAAGACCGAUUCGGAGAUUUUGUAUCGUCCACGAUGAACCAAGCUGCCGAGGAGGCAGUGAAUAAUUCUAGGAAGUUCUAUACAAUAAGGGCCAACUGGACCGCACUCCGGAGUUUGCACGUACUGGUUCAAUGCACUCCUGAUCUUAGAAGACAAGACUGCUUGGCCUGUCUGCAAUACUCCAUCAAUGGAAUGCCUCUUUACAGAAUCGGAGGAAGACUUCUCUGGCCAAGCUGUAACUCAAGGUACGAGCUUUACCCGUUCUACAACGAAAGCGUCAUUGAAGCACCACCACCGCUGGAGUCGUUGGUGUCUACUCCUCCAAUGGCAUCUCCUUCAUUACCUGGGACAGGUAGGAAUUCAAACGUGUUAGUGGUAGCCAUUGUUGUGCCUAUCAUAGUGGCUGUUCUGCUUUUCAUAGCUGGUUAUUGUUUCCUUGCAAAAAGGAAAAAGAAGUCUUUUGACACAGCACCUGCAUCUGAGGGAGGAGAUGAUAUAACAACCGCAGACUCACUACAGCUCGACUAUAGAACAAUCCAAAGUGCAACAAAUGAUUUUGCAGAGAGUAAUAAGAUUGGUCGAGGUGGUUUUGGUGAGGUUUACAAGGGCACAUUUUCAAAUGGGAAAGAAGUUGCGGUGAAGAGAUUGUCGAAAAAUUCAAGACAAGGCGAAGCAGAGUUCAAGACCGAGGUUGUUGUAGUUGCAAAGCUUCAGCACAGAAAUUUGGUUAGGCUUCUUGGGUUUUCGCUACAAGGAGAAGAAAGACUAUUGGUCUACGAGUAUAUGUCCAACAAAAGCCUUGAUUACUUACUCUUUGACCCUACAAAGCAAAUUCAGCUGAACUGGACUCUACGAUACAAGAUCAUUGGAGGAAUUGCUCGGGGGAUUCUAUAUCUUCAUCAAGAUUCGCAGCUCACAAUCAUACACCGUGACCUUAAAGCAAGUAACAUUCUCCUAGAUGCGGAUAUAAAUCCAAAAAUUGCAGAUUUUGGAAUGGCUAGGAUCUUCGGAUUGGACCAAACCCAGGAUAACACAAGCAGAAUAGUUGGUACCUACGGUUACAUGGCUCCCGAAUAUGCAAUGCAUGGCCAAUUCUCAAUGAAAUCUGAUGUCUAUAGCUUCGGAGUGUUAGUUCUUGAGAUUAUAAGUGGUAGGAAGAAUAGCAGCUUCGAAGAGUCAGAUGGUGCACAAGACUUGCUCACACAUGCUUGGAGGCUUUGGAAUAACAGAACAGCAUUAGACCUCGUGGAUCCACUUAUAGUAGAUAAUUGCCAGAAUAGUGAAGUGGUGCGAUGCAUCCAUAUCGGUCUUUUAUGUGUUCAAGAAGAUCCUGUAAAGCGUCCUACAAUAUCAACCGUUUUCAUGAUGCUCACCAGUAAUACUGUGACUUUACCAGUGCCUCGACAACCAGGGUUUUUCAUUCAAAGUAGACCCGUAAAGGACCCGCCUGAUUCAGAUCAGUCUACCACGACCAAGUCUAUUCCAGCGUCUAUUGACGAUGAAUCGAUCACUGAUUUAUAUCCGCGCUAAAUAUGAUGUUAUCCCUCACGCUUGUAAUCAAGUUUAAGCAUAUUUACAUAUUUCUAGAUAUGAUCAACCCUAUGUAAUUUGUUUUUAUUUUUAAUUAAAGAAUAAUUAGUUCA